GGGAGCUAACAUGUAAAUUCACGUUUGUUGUAGCUUUAAAACUUACGUGGCUUUGUUACGGUCUGGAGAUCACCACUACAAGCCAGGCCCUAUGGCAUUCGCAAAGCUUUUACACCUGGUUUUUAUACGAUUUAUUUUUGUGGAAUGUUGUUUGGCUGAACUAAGCGCUGAUCCCGCUACAUGGCCGGGACAUUUAGAACCCUUGGGAGCUAAAAAUCCCAAAAUAUCGCUCGAAAGUUUGGAAACUUUUCCAGAACCUAAGGAAUUCUUUGAGAAAUAUGCGAGCAAAAAACAGCCUGUGUUAUUUAAAGGUGGUGCGAAAUUAUCACCAGCGUUUGAAAAGUGGACAGACGAGUAUUUCCUCUCCUUGCCAGAAGCAAAGGAAACCAAGGUAUUCGCAGAACAAGGAAAGAAAGAAAACCGAAGCAAUGCCGGAAAGGAUAUCUCUUUCCACGAAUUUGUGAGCAACUACAAGAAAAACGAUAUCUACAUGGUUCAUGGAGUUUUGCCCUUUUUACAGAAAGAUGUACUCUUACCUCCACCUUUACAAUGUGGAGAAGUUACAAAAAAAAUGCUAGUUGAUACAGUUAUGUGGUUCAGUAGUGGUGGUACAAAAUCAGUACUCCAUAAUGAUGACGUUGACAACAUCAACUGUUUAUUCAGUGGAACAAAGGAGCUUUUAUUUAUUGACUACAAGUACAAAAACAAGGUGAAAAUUGACCAUCCAGUCGGAGGAUAUUCUGGUGUUGAUGUUGACAGAGUUGAUUUUACCAAGUACCCUGGUCUCAAGGAGGUUCAGUAUUUUAAUGUUACCAUGGAACCUGGAGACUGCCUGUUUAUCCCGUAUAAAUGGUAUCACCAAGUGCGUUCGCAUGAUCGUAACAUUGCAGUGAAUGUGUGGUGGACCCACAAGCCUGGCUAUGUGCCUAAUGAUUGUGAAAUGAGGAUUGAAGCCCCUUUCACCCUAGACAAGUUUUACUUCUCUGCCUUGGCACAACAAGGGGGGUCUACCGAAGGGCCUGAGAAUCUCAUAGAGCAUUUUACCGGUUUCCUGGUCGCUGGGGACAAUGGCAAGAUUGAUUUUCAGACCUUCAGAGAUCGAGUAAAAAUGGAUGAAGUUAUGAUGGGGGACGGGAAGUACAAGUGGAAUAAGCAAUUUGAAGACACUACAAAGCAGAUUUUUGAGACGUUAGAUAUGGAUGGAGACGCUUUCCUCUCAGACCAAGACCUCAAAGCUGUUGAGGCCAAGGCAGACGAGGUUACCAAGAAGCUUGAAAACCUGGCCGCCGUGAUUGAAGACUUGAUUGAAGACCAAAACGAGGAAGCGAGAGAGCGCGAGGAAAAGGGAACCGCUGAAGGGGAUGAGCCUUCAGAAGAAGAAACCGCUGGAGGGGAUGAGCCCGCAGAGGAAGAAGCCGCUGAAGGGGAUGAGCCCACAGAAGAGGAAGCCGCUGAAGGGGAUGAGCCCACAGAAGAAGAAACCGCUAAAGAGGAUGAUCCCACAGAAGAGGAAACCGCUGAAGGGGAUGAGCCCACAGAAGAAGAAACCGCUAAAGCGGAUGAGCCCACAGAAGAGGAAACCGCUGAAGGGGAUGAGCCCACAGAAGAACAAACCGCUAAAGGGGAUGAGCCCACAGAAGAAAAAACCGCUGAAGGAAAUGAGCUCACAGAAAAGGAAACCGCUAAGGGAGAUGAGCCCGUCGCAGACACAUUUAAAGAUGAGCUCUAGCAACUCUAGCAAUGUUAUUCCGCUCACUCCCCCUCUAAGGGUAAUUAUGGUCAUAAUAGUUUGGUAACAUAAUAAUUGUAUAGUUUCAUGAUGUUUAUAAUGCUAUUAAGAUGCAUAAUUUUUAUUUAAUUCUGUAACAAUUUUGGAAGUUUUCCAAAGACAUUAAAACAUCCUGUAUUUGA